CGAGCGGUGACCGGGGGCUGGCCGGCCGCCGCGGAGGCCGCCCGACCGGGCCUGUGAGCCGGCGGCGGUACGAGGCGGUGCUUGGCGAGCGGGCCGCGGGACGGGUGGCACCGCUGCUGGCAGGCGUUGCAGUAGAAGACGUCGCACUGCUCGCACAUGACCGCCGCGUCCACCGGGUUGCGGUCACACAGCUGACACUUGGGGGCCCCGGAGGAGGACGCGGACGCGGUCGAGGACGCGGACGCGGACGCGGCUCGGUGCUGCUGGUACCGCGCCACGAUGGCCUCCAGGAGCCGGUUCCGAGGCAAGCCCCGCAGCCCGCGCUCGUCCAGCGAGACGCUGCGGUGGCACAGCGGGCAGGUGAGCGAGCAGAGGCGCUGCGCGGCGGCGGAAGCGGAAGAAGGGAACACCCGGACGCCGUUGGGCGACUUGAGCUGGCAGGGCGUGUACGAACCGUAGCCGCUGUCCGUCUCGCUGUACAGGCUCAUCUUGUCCACGUCCAGCAGGUAGUCGUAGUCCGAGCUGGCCGAGGCUCGGCUCUGCUGCGCCGGGGGCUCGCCGUCCGGGGUGUGCACGCUGAUGCUGCGGGCACACGCCAGACACACGUUGUGCGAGCAAGGCAGCAGGAUGGGCUCCUUGAACACGGACCCGCACACGGGACAUUUUAACUCUUCCUCCAUUGUGUGUGUGUGUGUGUGUGUGUGUGUGUGUGAGUUCUGGCCAAACACUCCAGCACCGACCGUCUUUGGACAGCUCCCUGGGAGGCUGCUGUGCGCAUGCGCCAGACAGGGGCGGAGCUUGUGCUGGUGCUGAUGCGAUUUCAACACAGCACGAUAUUCUAGACCUUGUAGAUCUAGAUCACGUCCUCUCUUUGCUUCUCUCCUGCUAGGAGGCCUGCACCGCCUCAGUCGUCAUGCCGGUAGAUGCUACGCACACGCACACGCACAAUGACACCAUCACACAGUCAGCCUCGGCUUCUCCUCAAUGAGCAUCUUCUUCUACUGCAAUCAGAAGGAUAAGGAAGGAUAUUGUUUGCUUAUUUCAACCUCUUCUUCCACCAAGAUGGCUCAUCGGGUCCACCCUGCAGUCUUUUUAUCGACACGUAUAGAUACAAACCAACAUUGGUAACCUGCUUCAAGACCAGUUUGCUACAGAUAGCUUUUUGCAAUGCAGAGGGACGUGUGGACGUGUGGAAGUAUGGACGUGUGGAAGUAUGGACGUGUGGAAGUGUGGACGUGUGGAAGUAUGGACGUGUGAGCACACCUGGAGGUUAGAAGGACUGGAAGGACGAGGGUGUGAGCAAGUGUAGCUGUUGAUGAGUCCUAGUGAAACACUAUGACAUGCAUGACGGGGAGGAGCCGCCCGCUGUGGCCCAGCAAGGUGCGCUGUAUUGGGGCGCACGUCUGGCAAAGAAAUGUAGUGUCCAGUGUAGUUUAUGUGCCCCUCGUGGCGGAGCAUUGGCACGAGGGCCUUCCUCUGAAGGGGAAUGUUCACAAGUGAGCUGAGGGGAAGUUACGACAGGCCGCUAACGUCACAUGAUGCAUUUGCCGCAGAGCUAUGUUUGUCAGCUUCAUGGCUGUGACAUCCUAAUUCCCCGAUAUCAGACUGAUACGAUCAUGCACGGCUAGUAAUGUCUGUCUGUAGCACGUACACCACAAUGACCGGAAGAAGAAAGCUUUGACGCUCGACGCCGCACGGCUAGCUGCUAUUGAUGCUAUUGAAGUGGAAACCAGAGCAGCGUGGACAAAUCAUUUAUUUCCCUGCGUAUUUCAUCCAGCAUUCAUCAGUCAUCCCUUUCCCUCCGUUGGUCUGGACCGCAUCCACGAUCACAAUCAGUGUUUGUUUUGCACCUGACAUAAGCAGGUGUACCUAAUAAUAUGACCUGCCGUUGUUUCAAACCAGAGACGUGGUGCUCUCCGGGUUGAUCCGUACGGGCCUGGUGCUCUUCCUGAGGUCCUGCAGCUGCUUGGCGGGCUUGCCCACACCCUCCUCGAAGCGGCGCUCCACCUCGGGCAGCACGGUGUCGUGAAGGAAGGCGGCGUUGAGCACGAUGAAGGCCUUCUUCUCGGGGUCCUGCUCGCAGCGCAGGCUGUAGUCCACGUGCUGCACGGCCACCAGGAUGAUCUCGCGCAGGCUCUCCAGCAGCACCAUGUGCAGCUCGGGGAUGUAGAGCCUCAGGCCCUCCUCCAGGAAGCUCAGCAUCUGCUUGGUGAAGGCCACCACCGUGUAGCUCAGGUUCACCCAGCAGUCGUCGCCCGUGUACAUGUCGAACGUGCUCAUGCCGCUGGUGCGCAUCUCGUCCUGCGUGGGAAAGGAACAGGUGCACAGAGGCGACCAUGGGCAAACGCUGCUUGCAUAGCUUCUGUGCACUUUGACCGGGGCGGUCAAUUUGUUCAUUUGAAUCAGAUUAAUCACACUUUUCAAACGUGACUUUUUAAUCGUGAUGAAUCACCAUUUGCAACUAUUAGGCCGGUCCCACUAACAAAAUCUGUGCGAAAAAUGAUCGUCGAUAUUGGGACCAGUUUUUUCAUUCACGUCACGAGAGGUGUACUUCACAUCUGAACCACUAGGUGGUACCCAAGUAUAGCGGUGUAGCAGUGUGAGACAUUAGCUUGACACAGCUCGUACUAUGCUUUUCCAAUGGAGCCAGCGACACUUUUUGUCCUAGUUGAGUAAACUCCAUGUGGGUCGCUCGUUCAUCCUGACUAAAACCCAAAUAUUCCCACACUGGGACCAUGGCGUUCACCUUUGGGGCUUCCCUUAUGGCGGCCUAUGCUGGCUCACAAAACUACUGCUAGCCCCUCCGUAGCCACGGCGAGUGCAGGUGAAUUCAAACACUGCGGGUGGAACUCAGUAGCAGCACGUUACACUAACCCUCACCCUAGUAAGUUACGUUAGCGAACGAUAAGAACGAUGUUGUGAUGUUCUGAUGUCUGUGAAUGCACCUGGUGGUUGUCUAGUGACGAUGAGGGAGUGUGGUUCCGAUGCCGAGCAGAGAGGUGCUUGUGAGUUUGAGGUACAUAUGGCAUCGGAAUCGUACCGCCGUUGAUGUGUUGAGGUAGCAAUAAAGUUAUCCCAGAGCGUCAGACCGUGGGAGAUGCUACGUCUUGCCCUACUUCCGCCACAUAGCAGUCAUUUAUCACACAUCAAGGUAUCACCAAGGAGGACGCCAACGUUAGCGGCGACUAGCAUAGCAAUGUGAGCCACAUGCUAACAUUACACUCACAUCUCAGGAAGACACACCUGAUCCAACUUCACCUCACGUCUGUAGGGACUGAAGGCCGCUUGGGAAAGACGCAGGCUGGUUUGCCCACAAAGUGGUGGAACAUUGGCUUCUUAUGGAAUAUGUUAGGAUGAGGGAUUGAGGAAUGCCGAAUGCGGAAUGAGGAAUACCACCCCUAAGUUUAGAGCAGCGGAGUGACGUCCAGAGGGUUACCUUGAGCUUGGCCAGAGCCUCGGGUGUCAUGAGGUUCAUCUUCCUCCACAUCUCCUCAGAGUUGCGGUGCUUGGUGGCCUCCACGAUGAUGUCUUUGUAGCCGAGGAGCGCCGCUGUGACGUCUUUGACCAGCAGCGACUGCAGCGUGAAGGUCAGGUCCAGGCCGAUCUCCGUCAGCUGCUGGCAGUGCUCCUUGGCCACCUUGACGCACUCGGCCGCCGUGGACAGGCUCUCCUUGCUGUCAAACACCUACGGGGGGGGGCAUGUCGGACUUUUACCCGACCGCCGUACACGCCGUGACGUUUUCUCCCGUUCCCUGCCCACCUGCUUGCUGAAGGCGUCCACGAACAUCCUCAUGGCGGACCUGGACCAGACCACAAAGGCAGAGUAGCAGCCCGUGUUCCCUGCGAAGUCCAUCUCAAACUCCUUGGCGGUCUCCAGCAGGCUGGUGAAGAAGAUGUUGCACAGCUUGUGGAUGUAGAGCAGCGUGGCCCCCUCGAUGCGAAGCUGCCGUAUGGCCGUCUGGACCGCCACCGCCCGGUUCUUCAGGAAGAGCUCGCAGGCUUUGGUGGACUGGCCUGGAAGGAGAGAUCACAUCACAUCACAGCACGCUUCUCCACACCAACACCACAUUAGGCAGGACAGGAACCUAGCCUGAUGAGCUGGGACACGGCCCUCCUGGUGGCCUUGGGUCCACCUCGAAGGGACCGAUCGGGAGACAACUCAAAGACCAGGACCUCGGUCAGCUGCCGCACACGCUCGUCCACCUUGUUCCGCAGCUCUUUGACUUUCUGCGUGACGGGCUGGUCUUUCAGGUACUCGUGGAGCUUGUCCAGGAGGUCCACGGCGCCCUCAAAGUCCCUCUGGGCGAUGCACACGUCCAGAUCCUCGGGAAGCUCCUGGAUCCACUCCGGACUGAGGUCCACAUUCUCCCCGGCGUCGGCUUGCUCGCCGUCGUCCUCGUCGAAGGGGUUGGUGGACACCUCGGCCCUGACGGGGGACGUCGGGACCUCCUCCUCCUUCUUGCGUCUGUCCUUGGUAGCUUUGUUCUUCUUGGUUACGUCCAGGAUCUCCAGCCACUCCUUCUUGAUCUUGCUGUUCUCCGUCUGGAAGAUACGGCUGUCUGGGAACAUGAGGAUCUUGAACAUGUCCUUCAUGGGAGGGUUGUCCUUCACGUUGACCACGGCAAAGCUCUCCAGCUCGUACAGGGCGUUGUACUUGUACUUGACCGCGCCGCGCCGAUUGGGCAGCCAGGUGGCGAUCAGCAGGCAGUCGUUCAUUAGAAAGACGUGCACCUUCUGGAUGGGGGACAUGUUGUCCACGUCGUACUCCACCAGGUCGCCGUUGUACACCAGGUGCCUUCCGGGGGUGUCCAUGAUGUUUUUACCGCCCUCCACUUUCUCCAACAGUGACGUCAGGGUCCUCUGCUUCACUUCCUCGGUUUCUUUGGGGAACGCAGCCUGCAUCUCCUUGGACGUUUCGUCCUUGUCCGUGGACAGGAGGGCCUGCGUGACGCUCUCCAUGAUGCUCUUCUGCUCCGUCAGGAUGUGGCUCAGCUGGUACAUCUCGCUCUCCAGGUACGAAAUCUCCUUGGCCGUCUCGAUGAACUGCCUGUAGUUCUUGUAGACGUUUUUCUUCAGGUUUUGGGCCGUUUCGUCGGCCAGGUUUUGGAUUUUCUGCCGAUGCUCCUGCAGGUCUCGGUCGCCAUCGGACUGCUGGGACAGCUGCUUCACGUAGUUCUGCGGGUCGAAAUUGGGCGACUCGAGCAGCCUUCGCAAUCGACUUCCGGUUUCCGACAUCUUGCUCGGCGUCUAACUCUUUAAGGUUCUGUUAAAUUGACGUUUGACGGACCGAUCGAUAGCUACGCCCUAAAACAAGCAGAGGACAGUCCAUUCGUGGCCGCGGGCUAACAAAAACAGGAAGUAGUAACCAGGGUGACACCCUGCUACGUCACAAGACUUGGAUCGGGGGGAGGGGGCGACCAACAAAAAUAUAUACAGGCGAUUGUAGAAAAUGGACACAGUCGAACACGUACCACAAAUUAACGUUUGUGAAUUUUCUUUGAUAUUAAAUAGCCACUAAAAUGACUAUCUAUGUAUUGUUAUCGCUGACGUCAUCUCCGUGUCACCGUUUUUUAACUGCACAGCCGACUUCCGGCAAGAUUUGGCCGGAAACGAAAGCGUAUCUAAUGCAUAAAAUAUUCACAAAUGACUCCCAUUCACUCAAACAGUUCUUCGUGUGUGCAAAGUAGAAAAUAACUCACUUAAUUUGUGUAUCUGACACCUGCUGAAUCACGAUUAACGCCGCCUCCAAUGUAUUUACUGAGUUGUAUUUCGAAGUAGACACCGGAAGUGUUUGGUGCUCCGCCAUGAUUGCGUCCCCCGACUGUGAGCCGUCGGAAACGGACAGUUGGUCAGCUCGGCGGGCCGAACUCGUCGUAAAAGUGGACACAAAUCCGGUAUGCCCACGUACAUACAUGUGACGAACGCUAUCGUGGCAGUGGUGGCCGGGCCACCUUUGGGAGGACUGCAGUUGUUGACCGGUCGGCGGGAGGAAGCUAACCACAAUUAGCCUGUGAUGGAUGAAGACUACCUGCUAGCCCUGCAACUUCAAGAACAGUUUAACAACGAGGACGACGCUCCUAUUUUGGCGUCCGCUGCCAAUACACGGAAAGCGGAACUCAGCGGCGGCGCACUUGUGCCCUGGCAGCGGAGGGUGGAGCCCCAGGGGCCGCUGUCCAUCGUGGAUCCGUCGUGGGAGACGCUGGACCCGACUCCGGACGUCAGGGCCAUGUUCCUGGAGUUCAACGGCAGGUUCUUCUGGGGCAAGCUCAGCGGUGUGGAGGUGAAGUGGAGCCCCAGGAUGACACUGUGCGCGGGUGUGUGUUCCUACGAGGGCCGAGGCGGACUUUGUUCUAUCAGACUCAGCGAGCCUCUUCUCAAGCUCAGGCCCAGGAAAGACCUGGUGGAGACGCUCCUCCAUGAGAUGAUCCACGCUCUCCUGUUUGUGACCCACAACGACCGAGACCGUGAAGGCCACGGGCCCGAGUUCUGCAAGCACAUGAAGCGCAUCAACAAGGACAGCGGCACCAACAUCACAGUAAGCGUCUCCCCCAUCAACCUCCUGGAGCUCGUACUGAACCCCCUCCUGCCCCCUCCCCAGGUGUACCACAGCUUCAACGACGAGGUGGACGUGUACCGCCAGCACUGGUGGCGUUGCGACGGGCCCUGCCAGAACCGCAGGCCCUACUUCGGCUACGUGAAGAGGGCCAUGAAUCGGGCCCCCUCACGCCUGGACCCCUGGUGGGGGGACCACCAGAGGACGUGCGGGGGGACCUACACCAAGGUGAAGGAGCCUGAGGGCUACGCCAAGAAGAAAGCCAAGAAGGAGGCUGAAGGAAACGGGAAGAGGUCUGCCAGUGGAAAGCCUUCAGGGUCGGGGUCUGUCUCUCGGGACAUUCGGGAUGUCAUCCCAUUCAGUGGAAAAGGCUUGGUCCUCGGCGGGACGCCCUCUAAGGGUUGGGCCCCUCCCGCCGCCUCCUCAUCUGGCGAUCCUCCCCUCAUGACAGGAGGAGGGUUGCCUCCCUCGCCGGGCCAGAAGAUGCUCCCCAAGAAGUCUGUAGCAAACACCAGAGUCUUUGUCAGCAUCAACGGCUCCCCCAUGAGGAUCUCCAAACCUUCUCGUGGUGCUAAGAGUCAAGGAGCGGACAGAGCCACGCAGCCGUCCAUUGAGGAUCUUUUCACCAAGUCCGCAGGACGCUCGUCCACCGCACACGCCCAACCCCGUCUUAGCGCUGACACUUGGAAUAGCAACAUCAGCGCAUCCUCCUCGGGGGCGUCGCAGGGCCCCAAAUGUCCUUCAUCUGUCCCCAGUGGCAGCCCCGCCACCGCCAAGCCCCCGCAGUCCAAAAAGAGACCGUCAGAAGACUCGUCCAGCAUCUUUGAGGUCUUCAACAAGAGGCUGAGGACCGAGUCCAAGGACAUGCUGCCUUCGUCUGGGCUGCAAGCUAGCCCCGCCUCCUCGUGUUCCUCCUCUGCCUUGGUGAUGGUCAACUGUCCCGUGUGUCAGGCCAGCGUGCAGGAGACAAGCAUCAACCAGCAUCUUGACGUCUGUCUCUCCUGAAGCAGGAUGGCCACUUCAUUAGGUACGCCACGUCCUUUUAACAACAUUUAUCCUUUUUUGUUAUUAAUAUGUGCUAUGAUACAGUACACGCCGUGCUCACCUCCUGCUGCCAAGGAGCAGCACAUGGAAUGUGGACAUCGUGGAUCGUGUGAGCACACGAGCGGCGUCAGUAUGAUGAUCAACUUUGCUAUUAUUAGUCAUUUUAUUAUUAUUAGUUAUAUUAUUAGCGUUCCACAUGCUUGGUAUCCACUGGGGUGGCUGGUGAGGUAGUCAUGUUUGCCUGAAGAGCACCACGUGUUCUCCAGCUUGGAAGGUCGUUCCUAACCAAGCUCUGCCUUAACAAGUUGACUUUUGACGUCCUCGCUGACCUCGAGGGGUCACGCUUUGCCGGGUAUUUCUCUCCCGGCACCCCACGGGAAUGUGAUGGUUGACAUGACUGCGCCUUCCCGCUCCUUGGCUUCUCUGGUCUGCUGCUUUUAAAGACAAAUAAAGUUGUUUCUAUUCAACAUA